AGUCGUCAUCUUGUGUUUGCUUCACUGCGGCCGGUCCGGCAAACGAACAAACUAUUGGCCCCGCCGCGACGGCGACCGGACGCCCGAAGUGUCCGCACGCCAGGACCCGCGAGCGAGCGGAGCCCCCUCGGCUUGGCCCUUCCCAUGUGAUGUGCUGCCUCGGGCCGCCGACCCCUCAAAACCCACCCGCCCGUAACCAGAGCGCCCAAGAGAAACAAAAGGCACCAAGUUAAUCAGCCCCCGUGAGGUGAGGUGAAAGGAAGCGAGCACGAGGAGCAGAGAGGUCCGUGAGCAAUGAAAGCGGAGGAGAUGCCGGUGGUGGUGGGAGGAGCAGGAGGGGGCUGCUGGGGGCAGCAGCAGCAGCAGCAGCAAGGGGCCCGGCCGUGCGACACGUGCGGCGUGGACGCGGCGCGGCUCUACUGCCGCACCGACGGCGCGUACCUCUGCGGCGGGUGCGACGCGCGGGCGCACGGGCACGGCGGAGCCGGCUCCCGCCACGCGCGCGUCUGGCUGUGCGAUGUCUGCGAGCAGGCGCCCGUGGCCGUCACCUGCCGCGCCGACGCCGCCGCGCUCUGCGCCGCCUGCGACGCCGACAUCCACUCCGCCAACCCGCUCGCCGGCCGCCACGAGCGGGUCCCCGUCGCGCCCUUCUUCGGCGCGCUCGCUCAUGAAGCCGACGCCGCGGCGGCGCACAAGGAGGAGGACGGGAGCAACGAGGAGGCCGAGGCCGCCUCCUGGCUUCUCCCCGAGCCUGGCGAUAGCCCCGAGGCGGAGGAUACCGCCGCGUUCUUCGCCGACUCGGACGCAUACCUCGGCCUCGAUCUGGACUUCGUGCGGUCCAUGGACGGGAUCAACGCCAUUGGGGUGCCGGUCGCGUCGUCCGAGCUUGACCUCGCCGCCGCCGGCACUCUCUUCUACCCCGACCACUCCAUGAACCACAGCGUGUCGUCGUCGGAGGUAGCCGUGGUGCCGGACGCGAUGUCACUCGGAGCGGCGGCGGCUGUGGUGGUGAGCAGAGGGAAGGACAGGGAGGCGCGGCUGAUGCGGUACCGGGAGAAGCGCAAGAACCGGCGGUUCCACAAGACCAUCCGCUACGCGUCCCGCAAGGCAUAUGCCGAGACGCGGCCGCGCAUCAAGGGCCGGUUCGCUAAGCGCACCGGCACCGGCACCGCGGACGACGACGCGCUGGAGCACGACGACGGGCCGUUCUCGCCCGCGGUGUCGGCGCUCGUGGCGUCGGACGGGGACUACGGCAUCGUGCCGUCGUUCUGAGCCACGACCACUUUGCCGUCUGCAUGACACGGCGGCGACUCUUGGCGCUCGCAAUCAUUGCCAAUGGCGACGGCUGCAAGGCGUGUGCUCCGUGUAACAUGAAUAAUCUGUAUAUCUUUUGUUCCAUGGGAUUCGCUCCGUCGGACCGAACUCCGUCCCGCCUGAAUGCCUGAUCCAGGCUCGUUGUACACUAGUACUACUACUACCUCGCAGAGUAGCUGUUCUGUAACCUGUGAUCUUCAGUUGAAGCAUCUCAGUUCCCCACUGCAAUGCAGUAGCAACUAGAAACAC